UUUCGAUGAAGUUUGACAAUCGCCGCUUUUUCCCGCUGCAGACGCGUUUCGAGCGACUCGCUUAAUGCAUAUUGAAUAUAUAAACUAAAUAAAUACGAAUUGUUGAACGGAUACAAAUAUGUCUAAAACAGAUGUCACUGCAAUGGAGGAAAACAAAGAAAAUGUGAUCCUUAACUCAGCGGAGCCUGAUGAAGCCUCAAAAUUCAAGCAAGCUAAGGCGGCUUAUUUAAAAAAUAUUGAAGGUGCACGCAACAGGCGCUUCGAUUGUCUGCUUAAGCAAACGGAGAUCUUUGCGCAUUUCAUGUCGAAUGCGAAUGCAAACGCAGAGAGCCCCACCGACAGCAAGGGGCGUGCCAGGAAGGGAAGACCGAAGGCCAGGGUGCAAGGGAAGCCUGAACAGCGACGCCGUUCAUCGGUAAAGGAUCAGCAUCAUGGGGCGGCGGAGGAUUCGAAUAACAACAAUCUAGUACACUUUAAUGCUUCGCCCGCAUAUAUCGAAGGCGGCGAAAUGCGUGACUAUCAGAUACGUGGCCUGAACUGGAUGAUAUCGCUCUACGAGAAUGGCAUCAACGGCAUCUUGGCCGAUGAAAUGGGUCUGGGCAAGACGCUGCAGACCGUCUCGCUGAUUGGCUACCUCAAGCAUUUUAAAAACCAAUCUGGACCGCACUUGGUUGUCGUACCAAAGUCGACUUUGCAGAAUUGGAUGAACGAGUUUAAGCAUUGGUGCCCCUCACUCAACGCCGUUUGUCUGAUUGGCGACUUGAAAAGUCGCAAGACCUUUAUACGCGACGUGCUGGUGUCUGGCAAUUGGGAUGUGUGCAUCACCUCCUACGAGAUGUGCUUGCGUGAGAAGAGCGCCCUAAAAAGUUUCCACUGGCAGUACCUGGUCAUGGAUGAGGCACAUCGUAUUAAGAACGAAAAAACGAAGCUUGCGGAGAUUAUACGCGAGUUCAACUCGGCCAAUCGGUUACUCCUCACGGGCACCCCUUUGCAGAACAAUUUGCAUGAGCUGUGGGCGCUGCUCAAUUUCCUGUUGCCAGAUGUGUUUAACUCCUCGGAGGAUUUCGAUGAGUGGUUUAACACAAACUCCUGUUUGGGCGAUGAGACGCUGGUCUCACGUCUGCACGCUGUGCUGAAGCCGUUUCUAUUGCGUCGCCUGAAGUCGGAGGUGGAGAAGAGUUUGAAGCCCAAGAAAGAGACCAAGAUCUUCGUGGGUAUGUCCAAAUUGCAACGCGAGUGGUAUACUAAGCUUUUGCUCAAGGACAUUGACGUCGUUAACGGAGCUGGCAAAAUAGAGAAAAUGCGACUUCAGAACAUCUUGGUUCAUCUGCGUAAAUGCACCAAUCAUCCCUAUUUGUUUGAUGGUGCCGAACCUGGACCGCCCUACACGACGGACGAGCAUUUGGUGAACGACUCAGGCAAAAUGAUCAUUUUGGACAAGUUGCUGCCAAAGCUGCAGGAGCAGGGCUCUCGUGUGUUGAUCUUUUCGCAGAUGACACGCAUGCUGGACAUUCUGGAGGAUUAUUGCGCCUGGCGUAACUAUAAUUAUUGCCGCUUGGAUGGCAAGACGGAGCACGAGGACCGUAAUCAAAUGAUCCAGGAAUACAACAUGGAGAAGAGCACUAAAUUUAUAUUCCUAUUGUCAACUCGUGCUGGCGGCUUGGGCAUCAAUUUGGCCACCGCUGAUGUGGUCAUCAUCUAUGAUUCGGACUGGAAUCCGCAGAUGGAUCUACAGGCCAUGGAUCGUGCACAUCGUAUUGGUCAGAAAAAACAGGUGCGCGUGUUCCGUCUAGUGACGGAGAACACCGUCGACGAGAAGAUUGUGGAGCGGGCAGAAGUCAAGCUACGUUUGGAUAGAAUGGUUAUCCAAGCCGGUCGUGUGCUUGAAAAUCACACCCAGCCCGGUAAAGAUGAAAUUUUGAAUAUCAUCCGUUUUGGUGCAAAGGAUAUAUUCAACAACAUGGACAUGAACAACAUGGACGAGGACAUCGAUGUCAUACUGGAGCGUGGAGAAGCGAAAACAGCCGAACAAAAGGCCAGACUAGAUAAGCUGGGCGAGAGCUCUCUACGCCACUUCACCAUGGACACAAGCAGCGAGGCGGGCACCUCCUCUGUAUAUCAGUUUGAAGGCGAGGAUUGGCGCGCAAAGCGAAAGAGUAGUCAAAUGGACCAUUGGAUUGAGCCGCCCAAGCGUCAGCGUAAGGGUAUCAAUUAUGGUGAGAUGACGUCAAAAGAUACCAGCUAAAAUCGAAAGGGCUUUGAAUCAACCCAAGUUACCAGAAGCCAUUUACCAUUUAUUUAUUUACAUUCAUACAACUUUCCACUAGUGAAAUCCUACGUUAUUUAUAUGUUAAAAAGAAACUUGAUUUUAUUAUGUUCUUAACCAAAUACAAUUAAACAGGCAUUACUAUUAAGAUCGCAAAAGAAAA